CACAAAGGGUUGGCUAACUGACACAGAAGCUGUGUGUUUGUAAGACAGUUGAGACUCACCAGUGACAGCGUCAUUGACAUGGAAAUAAUUGGACAUGUGGAGGUUCAUAUUCCGCACCAAAACUCAUGCAAAAGAGAACGAGUCACACAUCAGCUGGGUCGAGAGGGAGUUUGCCAAUAUUAGAGAACAGGAAGAUGGAGACAUCAAGGAGAUCAACAUCACCCACGUGGUCAAGGAGGGCUCUGAGAAGGCAGACGCCUCGCAGUUCGAGCUGCUCAAAGUUUUGGGUCAGGGGUCUUUUGGAAAGGUGUUCCUUGUACGGAAGGUGACCCCUCCAGAUGCCAACGAGCUUUAUGCCAUGAAGGUCCUGAAGAAGGCCACUCUUAAAGUCAGAGACCGCGUGAGGACCAAGAUGGAGAGAAACAUCCUUGCAGACGUCAACCACCCAUUUGUUGUCAAGCUGCACUACGCAUUCCAGACUGAAGGGAAGUUAUACUUGAUCUUGGAUUUUCUCAGAGGUGGAGAUCUUUUCACACGGCUCUCUAAAGAGGUGAUGUUCACAGAAGAGGAUGUGAAGUUUUAUCUGGCCGAGCUGGCUUUAGGACUGGACCAUCUCCACAGCCUGGGCAUCAUUUACAGAGACCUCAAACCUGAAAACAUUCUCCUGGAUGAGGAGGGUCAUAUCAAACUCACAGAUUUUGGUUUGUGCAAAGAAGCCAUCGACCAUGAAAAGAAAGCGUACUCCUUCUGUGGUACUGUAGAGUACAUGGCUCCGGAGGUGGUGAACAGGCAGGGUCACAUUCACAGCGCCGACUGGUGGUCGUUUGGAGUACUGAUGUUUGAGAUGCUGACAGGAGCACUUCCGUUUCAAGGGAAGGACCGAAAAGAAACUAUGAACCUGAUUUUAAAGGCGCGCUUAGGAAUGCCUCAGUUCCUGAGUGUCGAGGCCCAGUCGCUGCUCAGGGCUUUGUUCAAGAGGAACCCUGUCAACAGACUGGGAUCGGGAGCUGAUGGUGCAGAGGAGAUCAAACGCCACGGUUUUUUCUCCACUAUAGACUGGAACAAACUCUUCAGAAGGGAAGUAAAACCCCCGUUCAGGCCAGCUGUAGCACGUCCAGAUGACACCUUUUACUUCGACUCCGAGUUCACAUCCCGCACACCGAAAGACUCUCCUGGCGUGCCUCCCAGUGCUGGAGCUCAUCAGCUAUUCAGAGGAUUCAGCUUUGUUGCAUCAAAUCUGUUGGAUGAAGAAGGUUUAGUGGAGCCAGUGCAGCCCACACCACACCCCGUGGUCCAGCAGCUUCAUGGAAAGAACCUUCUGUUCAAUGACGGGUACAUACUCAAGGAGGACAUAGGCAUGGGCUCCUUCUCUGUCUGUAAGCGAUGUGUCCACAAAACCACCAACACCGAGUAUGCUGUUAAGGUGAUUGACAAGACCAGCACAGAUCCGUCUGAAGAGAUUGAGAUUCUGCUCCGAUACGGACAACAUCCCAACAUCAUCACGCUGAAGGACGUGUACGACAACGGGAAGCAGGUGUUCCUGGUGACGGAGCUUAUGCGUGGAGGUGAAUUACUGGAUCGGAUUCUCAAGCAGAAGUCUUUUUCAGAGCUCGAAGCCAGCGCUGUGCUGCACACCAUCACCAAGACCGUGGAGUACCUCCACUCUCAGGGGGUUGUGCACAGAGACCUUAAACCCAGCAACAUCCUUUACGUGGACGAAUCUGGGAAUCCCGAGUCGAUCCGGAUCUGUGACUUCGGCUUUGCUAAGCAGCUGCGUGCCAACAACGGGCUGCUGAUGACACCGUGCUAUACCGCCAACUUUGUGGCUCCUGAGGUGUUGAAGCGUCAGGGUUACGAUGAAGGAUGCGACAUCUGGAGCCUGGGAGUUUUACUCUACACCAUGUUGGCUGGCUUUACUCCGUUUGCUAACGGACCUGAAGACACUCCGAAUGAGAUCCUGAACAGGAUAGGAAAUGGUCACUUCAGUCUGAAUGGAGGCAACUGGGACACCGUUUCUGAUGCUGCAAAGGAUCUUGUGUCCAAGAUGCUUCAUGUGGACCCCCAUCAGAGACUGACAGCCAGGCAGGUCCUCAAACACCCCUGGAUCGUUCACAGAGACAAGUUGCCCAACAGCCAGCUCCCACACCAGGACCCCAAACUGGUCAAGGGUGCGAUGGCCGCCACCUACUCCGCCCUGAAGAACUCCCAACCCCCUCCAGAGCUCAAGCCCAUCGAGAGCUCCUUCCUCGCCCAGAGGCGUGUCAAGAAGCUGCCGUCCACCUCCCUGUAGAGACUCAACAGCUGAUCAGGUCACCGGGGGCUCACCAGCACCACGCGGCUUUGCUUUGGGACGUUGCGUCCAGCCUCCAAAUGAAAAGAAUAUAUGUAUAAAAAAAAAGAUUUAAAAAACAGCCAAGGAACACAAACAGUGGUCCUGCACUUGCUAUCUGUGUGUGGGCCGAUGUGAUCCGAGCAGCAAGACGAGGGGGGAGGGGGGAUGUCUUACUGCCGUGUGGAUGAGCGACAUGUGAGCGAGUGAUUGCAUGAACCUGCAACUGUUUUUGAUGGUGACAUGAACGUUUUCUCUCUGGAUCGUUGCUGUAGUUGAUCCUCGCUGCACGCUUGUCCGUCUGCCUGUUCCGUUGUCCGUCUGUCUGAUUUUCUUUUUUUUGUUUGUUUUUUUUGGGGGGUUUUUUUUGCAGAGUUGAUGAGCUUUAUGUUUCUAAAUGCGCUGCCAAAUCAAUCUGCACCAACAACACACACUCACACACACACACACACACACACACACACACACACACACACACACACACACACACACACACACACACACACACACACACAAACUGUUCAGCUGCUGUUCAAUGUUUUUCAAAGAGCAUAAUUUCAUAAAAAUAUAAAACCUCUUUCCACAAACGCCUUGUUGGUUUUGGUACAACCAAACCAGAUGAGGUGGAUUCUGGGGAGGAAGAAAAAUACACGAGUAUUUGCUUUUACAGUGCGAUUGUGUGCGAGUGUGUGAGUUUGUGUGUGUCAGUUGCAUGACUUGCAGUUUAUGUUUGUUGUCUUGCGGGAUGCUGCAGAGCCGUGCAUGGUCUGGUGACGUAAUGAUGUCAUGUGGCUUCCUCGUUUUUUCUGCUCUCCCUUUUCUCAGCUUCGUAAAUCUGUUUGCAAACAUUUGAAAUGUUGACUAUUUUUAUGACUACAAAACUAGUAAAGUAGGUGGCUUUCCGUGAAAGAAAACCUGCCCGAGGAACAAUGUGGCAUGUUGCAGUUUGCUAAAUGACUUUUUUUUCUGAAAGAUGUAUUUUCAAGGCUGUUUCUUGUGUUUUCAGCUUUUGUUGUUUGGUUUUUCAUCUCAAGAAAGUGGGGAUUUAAAAUGGUAAAAGACACGCUGAGCUGAUCUGUGGACUUGUUGCCUUGCAGGUCUCUUCUUCUUCCCUCAUUGUGGAAUUUCCCUUUUUAUGCAAUUCCUGAGUUUGGAAUUCACCUUUUUUUUUUCUACACUCGACAGACCUUGAUUUUGAGAUGUUCUGAAGAAGUGUGUCUCAAACCGAUUCCCACAGAUGGGUAGGUCCUGCUUUCAGCUCGGUGCCUACAUGUGAGGAAGCAUGUCUGGAGUAGAAAACGGGAUUGAGAAUGAAAGAAGGAAGGACCUGUAAGGCUGAAUAAUCUGUUAGCCAGCUUUCUUACCUCUAAAGGGAUCAAAGUUCUGAUAUAUUUCUUGUUUGGUGGUCUUUUGACUGAUGGUAUUAUGGUAAGAUGUUAUUGUAUGAUAAAGAUGAAGAUUUUUAUAUCUUAUGAUAUUAAAGAUUGAGUUGCUAUGA